GUGCGUGCUAGCCCGGGGUAGCAGGAGGCGCAGAGACUUGGGUUGCAGAAAAAGGAUCCUAUUGUUUGCUGUGUAAUCCUCAGAAUGGACCGGAAAAGAGGAAGAACUGGGUGUCGUCAUGGGAAUCUUUUGCGGAAACCCAGGGUAUUUCCAGACCAGUCCCUGGGCGCCAGCCAGAGCAUGGACUGACCAAGUACCUAGACGGAGUCCUGAACUGGAGGAGAUGCGCAUUGGAGGAAGUUGUAGAGGAUGUCAACAUGGAAAAGCAGCCCCAGAACAGCAGGAGAGGCCUCACUCCCCGAGAGGUACCCCCAGCCGUUGGGCUGCUGCUAGUCAUGGCCCUGAUGAACACUCUGCUCUACCUCUGCCUUGACCGCUUCUUCAUUGCCCCUUGGCAGUCCCUGGUGGACCCCAGACACUGUCCUUAUGGUCACUUCAGGAUAGGACAGAUGAAAAACUGCUCACCUUGGCUGUCCUGUGAGGAGCUGAGAACAGAAGUGAGACAGCUGAAGCGUGUCGGGGAAGGAGCCGUGAAGAGAGUCUUUCUGUCUGAGUGGAAGGAGCGCAAAGUUGCUCUCUCACGGCUCACCAGCCUGGAGAUGAAAGAUGAUUUCCUCCAUGGACUGCAGAUGCUGAAAUCUCUACAAGGCGCACAUGUUGUCACGCUGCUUGGCUAUUGUGAGGAUGACAACACUAUUCUUACUGAAUAUCAUCCUCUAGGUUCCUUGAGUAACCUGGAAGAAAUACUAAAUCUUUCAAAGUACCAAAACGUGAACACGUGGCAGCACAGGCUGCAGCUGGCCAUGGACUAUGUCAGCAUCAUUCAUUACCUGCACCACAGCCCCGUGGGCACGCGGGUCAUGUGCGACUCCAAUGACCUGCCAAAGACACUGUCCCAGUAUCUGCUGACAAGCAACUUCAGCAUUGUGGCAAAUGACUUGGACGCCUUACCCCUGGUGAACCACAGCUCUGGGACGCUGGUGAAGUGCGGCCACAGGGAGCUGCAUGGGAAUUUUGUGGCUCCAGAGCAACUAUGGCCCUACGGAGAGGACAUGCCUUUCCGCGAUGAUCUCAUGCCCUCAUAUGAUGAGAAGAUCGACAUUUGGAAGAUCCCAGAUAUCUCCAGUUUCCUUCUGGGGCACGUUGAAGGGAGUGAUAUGGUCCGAUUCCAUUUGUUUGAUAUUCACAAAGCAUGCAAGAGCCAGACUCCCUCAGAAAGACCCACUGCUCAGGACAUUCUGGACACCUACCAGAAGGUCUUGGAUACGCUUAGAGAUACCGUGAUGUCUCAGGCAAGAGAGAUGCUGUGAAAACCAGUCCAGCCAGUGAAGGUGGGAUUGAAGGGCUGAAUGGAAGUUACAGCAUUCUACUCUGA